GCGAGCACGCUGCGUGUCCGCGCAUGCGCAGUGCGCCGCUCAGUGGCCGUGUGCAAGGAGGAACUGAGCAGUUUCAGUAAAAUAAACAUCCACAUCUGUGCAACAUCAGCUCCGAGCAGAGACAGAGACAGAGACACACUUCAGAUCAUGUCUUCACACGAUGACUGGGAGACUAAGCUGGAGAUCAGGGCGUGUAGUUUUGAGGCCAGUCCAGCAGGGGGCGACAAACACAGAGCCUGCAGCUCUCCUAAUGACUCCACUGGCAAAAGUGAGACGUCUACAGAAAUCUUUGGCACCGAUCCUUUAAGAACUCUGGGAGAAAUCCUCGCCUACUGUCAGGUUAUGUACGAGGCCAUUCAGAAGCUGGAUGAGAAGUUUGAGCUGCUGCAGGCGAGAGUGACGCACAUUCAGGAAGAUCAGAUACACGUUGAGGAGGAUCAGUCCGAGAUUUACACGCUGGACGAUACAGAGCCCGACCAGAUAAAUGACGAAUCAGCAGAAACGACCUACCAUGUCCUCCAUCACCAAGUUCCUCCCUCGGUUCCUCCAUCUCCUGAAGGUUCAAGAACCCUAGACCUUGUCGUUAGCUCAGAAAAACCCACACACCCCAAACCGUCUCCUCAGAAUCAGCCCCAACAGUCAGGUUCGUCCUCCUCACCAUGUCGAGCUGUGAGAGACGUGCUCUUACAGCAGCGCAACGUUCCAGAAGAUCCUCCCGACACCAACGCUGGACACUCGGCAUCUCCGCAAACCGUGAGGGAAAUCUUACAGCAGCCCCAGAAAAGUCCUGAUCCCCAACGACACAACGCAGCCGCAGGAAGCAGGAAGUUCGUCAUCCCCAGUAGCGUGUUGAUUAUGGCCAGCGCGAUGGCGAGGCCGACGGCGGCCGCUCGCUUCCUCAUGCGCAGCCUUUUCUCCCGUCAGGAGCUGCUGCACGGGAGCAUUAGAGGAUACACGGCUAGAGGAUUAAAAAAACUCAACCCAAACAAAAUCAGCGCCAUACGAGAGUGGGCGCAGAUGACAUUCCCGGAACAUGACCUGCGUGAGAAAGGUAAAGACUGGAAGGCCUGUCUGGCUGUUAUGAACGAAGGCGCCAGACACGUCCGCCUGAAGGACAGAAAGCGUAAGUUUAAAGCGGUGAGAGAUCCGAGUGAACAAGUGGCAUCAGUCCAAGAAUUCAAACCCGCGCCCACUGCCGAGAUCGACGUGGAGCUCUCAGACGGUGACAGCGAUGACCUACAGCAGACGACAGCGCUUAAAAACAAACUCAAAAGAGAGUCUGAUGAAGAGCCGCUGUCGGAAAAUGACUAUUCCUAUGAGCCGGGUGCUCAGGUGUAUCUGGGUCAUCCGGAUCGGGACGUGAAGGUGCCUCAGUUUGCGAUGUACUCAGCGUUACAGAGGCCGAAUCCUCCGCUCGUCGCUCGCUACCUCAUCAGAUUCAUCUUCCCAGAGGAAGUGCUGGUGCAGAGCAACGUGUACGGCAACGCCAAGUACGGCAUCCUGCCUCUGGACCACAACAAGAUCUCAGCACUGAGGGAGUAUCUGUGUGAGCGUUUCCCCUACAUGAAGCUGGACGAGGACGGACCCAACUGGAAGGCGUGUGUCUACGCCAUCAACGGCGCCAUCCGGAAAACCAGACACACUCUGAAGAAAUGUCACAAACAGGCGCGAGAAUCGACCCUGAUGACAUCAUGACCUCGAACAACAACAACAACACAACCGCCUGAUCACUUUGCCAUUUGUAGAGUUUUUUUUUUUUUUUUUUUUUUGCAAGGACUACAUGCAUAAAAAAUACAUAAGCAAUGUUAAUGUCAUUUUAAUUUAUUU